GUCUUUCUGUCUCUCAGCUGCUCAGAUCCGCUCGGUGUAAACACACACACACACACACACACACUGGAGCGUGUUUAAGUCACACCAUGGCCUCCCGCUCCCUGUCCUCUUCCCCCAACUCUGCGGCGGGCUGGGGGUCAGACUCCGGCAGGCCCGAGCCCGGGGAGCAGCGCGGUGUGGAGUCCGGUAGCGGCUCGGACCCGGAGGGAGAUGCGCUCGAGCACGAGUUUGAGUUCGCCGCGGAGAGAGUGCGGGGGCUCGUGCAGAGCGCGAGCAGGGAGCAGCUACUCUAUCUGUACGGCAGAUACAAACAGGCCACAGUUGGGAAAUGUAACACACCCAAACCGGGGUUCUUCGAUUUUGAGGGUCAGAGAAAGUGGUCUGCGUGGAAGCAGUUAGAUGAUAUGAGUAAGGAGCAGGCCAUGCAGGAGUACAUUUCCUCCGUUCGCACACUCGAUCCAGAAGGAUUUAAGCAGGGUUCAUCUGAGAGAAGGAGAGGAGAGCACAGGACAACAUUCGGUGGUGCAUCUGUGAGCUGUUUAUAUCAGCAAGAGACAAUCAGGGAGGAGGAUAAAAACAUAUUUGACUACUGCAGAGAGAACAACAUCGAGCAGGUUCGCACGGCGCUGAGCGCCAACAUCGACAUCAACACCAAGGACGAGGAGGGUCGAGCGCUGCUGCACUGGGCGUGUGACAGAGGACACAAAGAGCUUGUGACUUUUUUACUGAACAACAACGCCAACAUAAACAGCCAGGAUAAUGAAGGUCAGACGCCUCUGCAUUACGCGUCUGCAUGUGAGUUUGGGGAGAUCGUGGAACUCCUCCUUCAGAGCGGUGCCGAUCCCUCCAUCAAAGACGGAGAAGGGUCUCUUCCUGAGGAAGUCACAGAGUCCAGUUCCAUCUCUUCUCUUCUCCGGCAGUACAGCGCUCCAAAAGGAUAAAAACACACACACACACACACACACACACACACACACACACACACACACAAACACCCCUGUACCACCCUACAGCAAUUCCAAGUGUCUCUCUCUCUCUCGCGCUCUCUUUCAGCUAUUAUUAGGACACAGCCAAACCCACUGUCUCUUUUUGGUGACUUUAGGGGUUAGGGAGUGAGUUUGGUGUACUGUGUGCUCCAAAUAUUCCCUUGUGACUUCAGUGGUUAUGGACAAUAAGUUUUAAAGAUUAGGGGUUAAGGUGUAGGAUUUAGGACAAUAAAGUUAGAAUCUUAAUUCUAAAGCCUAAUUUUAAUCAAUAAUCUCCAUCACUGAUCUCUAAACCCUGAUCCCUAAAUCUUGAUCCCUAAAUCAUAAUUUAUAAAUCUUAAUUCCUAAACUUGAUCCCUAAACCCUAAUUUGUAAACCAUGAUCUAUAAAUCUUAAUCCCUAAACCCUAAUCUCUAAACUUUAGUCCCUAAACCCUGAUUCCUAAACCAUAUUCCCUAAACCCAGAUCCCUAAAUUGUAAUUUAUAAACUUUAAUUCCUAAACCUGAAUCCUAAACCCUUAUCCCUAAAACUUAUUCCGAAACCCUGAUACCUAAAUCGUGAUUUAUAAACCCUAAUCCCUGAUCUUUAACCCACUGUAAACCCUAACUCUCCACAAUCAUUGAACUGAGUUUAUCAGGUGUACUCUUUAGGGAACAUCCUGUUUAGUUCAGCUGUGGAGUGUGCAAACAUACACACACAUUCUGGUUUUAUUUGAUAAUUAGCAUCAGUGUUGCUGUUAUUCUGUUAAUAAAACUGCUGGAAUUUAA